GAUCGGCGUCGGGGGUUUCGGCAAGGUGUACCGGGCCAGCUGGCGGGGCCGCGAGGUGGCCGUGAAGGCGGCGCGCCGGGACCCCGACGAGGACAUCACGGCCACGGCGGAGAGCGUGCGGCGGGAGGCCCGGCUGUUCGCCAUGCUGCGGCACCCCAACAUCAUCGCCCUGCACGGCGUCUGCCUGCGGGAGCCCAACCUCUGCCUCGUCAUGGAGUUCGCCCGCGGAGGGUCCCUCAACAGGGCCCUGGCCGCCGCCGCCGCCGCGUCCUCGUCUUCUUCCUCGUCCUCUUCUUCCUCCUCGGCCGGGCCCGGGGCUGCCCGCAUCCCCCCGCACGUCUUGGUCAACUGGGCGGUGCAGAUCGCCCGCGGCAUGCUCUACCUGCACGACCAGGCCAUCGUCCCCAUCCUGCACCGCGACCUCAAGUCCAGCAACGUUUUGUUGCUAGAGAAGAUGGAACAUGAUGACAUUUGCAAUAAAACUUUGAAGAUUACAGACUUUGGUCUGGCUAGAGAAUGGCACAGAACAACCAAAAUGAGUGCAGCAGGGACUUAUGCGUGGAUGGCUCCCGAAGUUAUCAAGUCCUCCCUGUUCUCUAAAGGAAGUGAUAUUUGGAGUUACGGAGUGUUGCUGUGGGAACUGCUUACAGGAGAAGUUCCUUACCGUGGCAUUGAUGGCCUUGCUGUGGCUUAUGGAGUUGCUGUCAAUAAGCUCACUUUGCCCAUUCCAUCCACCUGUCCUGAACCGUUUGCAAAACUAAUGAAAGAAUGCUGGGAGCAGGACCCUCAUAUCCGACCAUCGUUUGCCUUGAUUCUUGAACAGCUUACUGCCAUUGAGGGGGCAGUUAUGACGGAAAUGCCUCAAGAGUCUUUCCAUUCUAUGCAAGAUGACUGGAAACUGGAAAUUCAGCAGAUAUUCAAUGAAUUGAGGACCAAGGAAAAAGAGCUUCGAUCACGAGAAGAGGAGUUGACGAGAGCAGCUCUUCAGCAAAAAUCUCAAGAAGAACUACUUAAGCGCCGUGAGCAACAGUUAGCAGAACGUGAGAUUGAUGUACUGGAGCGUGAAUUGAAUAUCAUGAUAUUCCAGUUAAAUCAAGAGAAACCCAAUGUAAAGAAGAGGAAGGGCAAAUUCAAAAGAAGCCGGUUAAAACUUAAAGAUGGGCACAGAAUUAGUUUGCCUUCAGAUUUCCAGCACAAAAUAACAGUGCAGGCAUCCCCUAAUCUGGAUAAGAGGAGGAGUUUAAACAGUAACAGUUCCAGUCCAUCAAGUAGCCCCACAAUAAUUCCUCGUCUUCGAGCUAUACAAUUGAUUCCCAAAACAGAUACACACACAACUAAUGGCCGAAGAAACAGUGUAUAUGUGUACCAGCAAGAUGUAGAUAUCACAAGUGAAUAUGAACUUCCCAGUGGGGUUAUGAAAAAAGUAACUUCAGAUGAAAGUAACAGAACCUGGGGAAGGAGCACAACUUAUCACCAAGAAGAGUUUGAAGAUGUGAAGAGAAAUUUUAAAAAGAAAGGUUGUACAUGGGGACCAAGUUCAGUUCAAACAAAGGAUCGUGCAGAUUGUAAGGACAAAAUAAGACCCCUUUCAGAUGGCAGCAACCCUUGGUCAACCCUUGUAAUGAAAAAUCAGAAGGGUGUUCCUUUAGCUUCACUAUUUGUGGACCAAGGUGUAUGUACAGAUAAGAGACAUCUUCCUGAAGGUUUGGACAGUAAAAGACCAAAGCCAAUUAAGUUGCCAAAUCAGGCCUAUAUUAAUCUACCUCUUUGGAAGGAUGAUCAAGUAGAGAACACAGCAGAGCACGAGAGCUUUGAAGAAGGAACCUCUGCUAGUUCUACAAAUAGUACUCCUCAAAUGACACCUACAAACAGUCUGAGCAGAACGACGCAGAAAAAGAAGACUGAUUCGGUGCUUUAUGGGUGUGCAGUCCUCCUUGCAUCUGUUGCCCUGGGCUUGGAUAUUAGAGAGUUGAACAAAUCGCAGGGUCCAGAUGAGCUCUUGCCUAAAGAUGAGAAGAAGAAACGCGAUGGACUAUUUCAGCGUGCUUCAAAAUUUCGCAGGAGUGCCAGCCCUACAAGACUGCAGUCCAAGAAAGAGGAAACAAGUAUUCCAUCCUUAAAUCCAGCUGUAAAUACUGUGAAUCUUCUCUCUAUGCCCUCCAUUUCCACAAAAUGCCUACUUCAGUCUGACAGUGAAGAUGCAUUUAUAAGCAAUGUGCUUGGUGAUUGCAAUCCACGGAGUUCUAAUGAUGACUUUUCAUCUGAAACUUACGAAAGUAAGAGAGAACAGAGAAUACAGCUGGCUCCUAACACAGUUUCUACACGAUUAAAAAAUCGGCCUUUCAAUCUGUGUCUGCAACAAGAAUCUGAAAAUGCGCCAAAUGAUUCCUCAACAAAGUUACGUGUGUUGGGUCACAGACGAACCUUAUCAGAUGGGAACAAUUUUCAGACCACAGCUAAUGGAUUUACUUCAACCAAUGACGUCUCCAAGUUGCCCAUUCUGUCAGUUACUGGAACUCUACAUUCCCCGUCUCUUCAACAAAGAAGCAAUCACAGUGGUAUUUCAAUAGAAAAACAAAGAGCUAUCAAUAUUAUACCAAGGCCUCGACCUUCUUCUGUAAGAAGUAAAAUUGAUUCAUGGCAGAUUAUUCCACGUGUUAAUAAACCGAACUCUAAAGACCCUGAAUGUUCAGAAGGCAAUACAGAUCCAGAUGUUAACUUCUUGCCAGAUACUGAGGAAAGAACUAACUGCCAUAUGCCUUCAUUACUUGAUAUUGAUGUGGAAGGUCAAAACAGAGACUGUACUGUACCUUUAUGUAGAAUGAAGAGCAAACCUUGCCGGCCAUCUAUAUAUGAACUGGAAAGAGAGUUUCUGUCUUAAGUGCCUUUUUAAAAUGUUUGCUUUUUAAAGGAGAACAAAUAUAAAAUUCUUGUCCGUCUAAUGCUUUGUGCUGCUGUUUUCUGAUGUACUGUGACAAGUAGUACCAAAAUUAUUAAAAUGGGCAGCUAAUUAAGAAACGAUAAUAGGUGCCUUUUUCACAUAUUUCUUGGAAUCCCAACUAGUAAUUCUACAAGCACAAUGCUGCAAAAUAGUUUUCUAGAUGAAGUUGCUGAGCAUAUUUUGAACGAUUAAAAUAAUGUAUCCACCUCCUUUUGCAGUGUCACAUACAUUUUCCUUCCUUUUAGAAUUUUUUAUUAGAAAUUCAACAUUUGCACAUUGAAAAACUGAACAAUGUAAAAUAACAUUAUAUUCAGUGAAAAAGCGUUUCACAUAAAUGGGGAUUAUCUGCAGCUAGCCUCUAGGUCCUGUAGAAUUUGGGAAGGGGGUAGGGAUUAAGAUGCCAGUGUAGAAGUUCACUCUAUUAAAUGCCUCAUUUAUUUUUAGCCUGUUAUACUGGAAUUGGUUAAGGACCAGCAGCUGCAUUUGCAGUCUUUGUCCUUGGUUUUUGAGAGAACUUUCAACUGUGUGCAUUAGUUUCUCCAGAAAGUUGUACUGAUUGUAUAAACACUUCGGUUUCAGCCACCGUAUCAAUUUGAGAGGGUAAACGUUUAGCAUUUUGAUUGGAUUAAAGGUAUUUGACAUACUUUCUAAUGUGAAACAACAUUCCUGGUAGGUAAGGAUACACUGGAAUGUAAAUAUUUGUACUCUUAACGUUUUGAAGAUUGCAGUGUUUGCACUGAAAAAAAAUAUUCUUGGUUUGGGAUUUUUUUUGUUUGUGAUGGAGGGGGUUGUGCACCCCUUUCUGCCUCUCUCCCUCCCCUCAUUUUUUUUAAAAUUCUGCUGCACCUUGUAUUGGGAAAAGUUGAUGGGGUUAAGGACGACUGUUUUUGCUUUUAAGUGAUAUAACUGCAUUUUACUGCACUCAGAUUUUAGAGCAGCAAAAACAAAUUAAAUUAAACUGAAAAAAAAAUAUUACCUCAAGUUACUACUGAUUGCCCAGGUAUUCAUAUUUAAGAAUUAAAGGGCAGAAAGAGAUGUUCUUAACUGUUUUUCAGGGAUAGAAAGGUUCCAGAAAGUUCCAGGUUGUUAGUUGUGGUGGGAGGGACAUUUAAACUUGAUUUUAAAAAAAAUAUAUAUAUAUAAAAAAAAAAUCCAGUUUCACUAAAUGAAUAAGUAAAACCAAGUGUAUGGUCUACUUUGACUCAUGAAUGCAUUCCUUCUAGAAUUAAAGGAAUAGCCCUCAUAUUCCAGUAUUUGAAAUCUUAUUUUUGCAUAUCAUUUGAUAAAUAGUUUUCAUAAAUAAAGUUAGAUCAUGUUAGAAUAAAACUACCACGUUCUCCGCAGAACAGUGUUUUGCUAAGGCCUUUGUUUUAUAUGUUCUUCUUUCCCGUGGGGUCUGGGAGUUCAGUUGUUAAGUAGAAUACACAAUUACUGAAAAGUUUCAAAGCCAAGGAAUCGAAAAAGGAAGUUUCUAUUCGAAGACUGGUAUGCAGUUUGCUGGUUACCUUGAGAAUGACAGAUAAAAUUGCACGUACAAAAUCAUGAAUUCUUAAUCAUGCAGAGCAGAACACAGACUUGUAACUUCCCAGGUCUCAAAGUGAGAAUAGAAAAGGAUUUCCUUAAAGUAUUAUUUUUACCAAAAGUGAAGACGUAACCACUAGUUGUCCGUAAAGCUAGAUUCAUGCAUAGCAGGUUAAGUUAUUACAUUCUGUUCAAACAUGUUUUUAUUUCAGUAAUCUUAGUUCAUUGUCAACAUGAUUCAAGUUGCAUGCUGUUCUUUGACUUUUCUUUAAACUCAGUUUCAUCAGACUACUUAGUAGAUGAAAUCUAUUCCAAUUAUAAUACAAAAUGUUUUCAUAAAGCAGUCAAUUAUGUCAUGCACAUGGAUCAAAUCUUAAAUAUGGUUUGCUAGCAGAUUUAUCUUCAGGGCAUAAUUAGAAAUGUGGAACACUGUGUAUUUCAA